CCGCAGCGAUGCUACGGCGCCGGCUCUGCCCAGCGCCAGGGGCUGCUUUUCCGGCAGCUCUUUGAGUCAGAAAGUUACACUUACACUUACCUGCUGGCAGAUAUGAAGACAAAGGAAGCCGUAAUAAUAGACCCAGUUCUGGAAACAGCCAAACGAGAUUCAACGUUGGUGAAGCAACUGGGACUUAAUUUGCUAUAUGCAGUCAACACUCAUUGCCACGCUGAUCAUAUCUCAGGCACGGGACUUCUGAAGCAGCUCCUUCCAGGUUGCCGUAGUGUCAUCUCCAAGGACAGUGGUGCCAUUGCUGAUAUCCUGAUCCAGGAAGGCUAUCACCUCAAAUUUGGGGCUUUUGUGUUAGAAGCUCGUGCCACCCCUGGCCACACAGAUGGCUGCCUCACCUAUGUGCUGAAUGACAACACAAUGGCUUUUACAGGGGAUGCCUUGCUGAUCCGGGGAUGCGGAAGGACAGACUUCCAACAAGGUAUGGAUGACUUCUGGUUUGGGUUAUGAA